CAGGUCAAGUGGAAGCAGAAAGAGGAGGAAGCCUACGCCAGGAACUGAGGGAUUGGAACAGAAAAGUGGGUGGAGCCAGUGGGCUCCACCCCCGCCUCCUCCGGCUUGGCUACAACCUACUUUCUGCGGAGUCGUUCCAGACAGGUGAGAGAGGAACUUCUAAGACCGGAGCCUGGGGAGGGGCCAUGGUGCCAAGACAGUUUUGGGGGAGACUGGAGAAGCCGCUUCUCUUCCUGUGCUGCGCCUCCUUCCUCCUGGGGCUGGCUUUGCUGGGCAUACAGCCAGACAUCGCCCCUGUUGCUUAUUUCUUUCUCACCUUGGGUGGCUUCUUCUUGUUUGCCUGCCUCCUGGCCUGUAUUCUGGAAUGGGGGUUCCGAUCAAUGCAGACCGAGAAUUCGGGGGCCUCAAGCAAUGCACGCGACAACGAAGCCUUUGAGGUGCCAACCUAUGAAGAGGCUGUGGUGUUGGAAUCACAGUGCCGCCCCCAAGAGCUGGGUCAACCACCCCCCUACAGCAGUGUUGUAAUCCCCCCAGUACUUGAGGAAGGACAGCCUGGCCAUCCAGAGGGGCCCGAAAGAGCUAGACUGGAAAGGCGAGUGGGCUCAGAGGGAUCUGUGACCUCAGGAAACCCUGGAAGAGCUCCAAUCAGCCUUCGGCUUCGGGGACCCCGAGCUGUAUCCACUGCUCCUGAUCUGCAGAUCUUGGGGAUGCCCCCCAAACUGGAGCCUCUUACCCCACCCCCCGACUAUGAUGUCAGCUUUGGUCAACCUGAUGAUGUUUUCUUUGAAAACAACCGGACACCCCCCUAAAAGACUAUGCCAGGAUAUAUCCUCUCUGCGCCAGACUCAUUCAUUCAUUUGACCAACAUUUCCCAGUGCCUGCCACGUAUCAAGAACUCUGUUUCCACGUGGGGAACUUAACAACACAGAGGGGAGUCAGGCUAUCCUAAGCCUCUCCCAGCUGAGAUGUACAUAGCACUGUUGGAGUCUUCGAGUAACAUUCAGUGACCUACCCCAUAUCCGAUAUUUCCAGAGUUAGACGAGUAUGAGAGGAGUGACCCAGAGAAUCUGGAGAAGGAAGAAAAGAAACAUCUGAGUGACAGCUAUGUUGCUUCUGUUCUGGGUGCUUCAUCUCUAUUAGCACAAGGAGACUUUCCCAGCCUUGUGAGGUAUUACUGCCCUCAUUUGAAAAAUAAGGAUCCCAAGGGUCAGAGGAGUUUGAUAAUUUGCACAGGGGCACACUGCUAGUAAAUAGCAUAAAAAUGUUUACUCUUCUGA